AGCGUUUGAGCGAAAGCAUGCGUGCCAUCAGGAUCAUUUCUCGACUUCGCCACCAAUGCCUCCAGCCAGAACAGGUAUACCAAUCGUCCCUAAUAGCAGCACGCCUUCCACCUCGACGUGCACUUGUCACCACAUGUGCACGACCUUGCCCCCAUAAUUCGACAAUGGAUUGGUCUACACAUCGUUGUGACAUUAAUGCCGAACCUCUACAUCGCUACCAACGAGGUGGCUAUCAUCCUGUUCACUUAGGAGAUUGUUUAGGCCACAAUGACAGAUACAAGAUUUUGCACAAAUUAGGAUGGGGUGGAUACUCGACCGUGUGGGCUGCACGCGAUAUGAGUAACCAAACGUACGUUGCUAUCAAGAUAUCGGUGUCGGAGCCACAAGGUCAGAAUCGAGAAUCUACCGUUUUGCAAACUAUCGCGACUGCACACGCAAACCAGCCUGGUUACCAAUAUCUGAUGACGAUGACGGAUUUCUUCGAGAUCAGUGGCCCCAAUGGAAAGCACGAAUGCCUCGUGCUGGAGUUUCUAGGACCAAGUGUAGCCGAUUACCUCGACGCGCAUUCCCUCGACGAAAGGCUUCCCGGAGUGCUCGCGAAAAGUGUUGUGAAACAAGCUUUGCUCGGUCUGUCCUUCCUUCACGAACGAGGAAUUGCGCAUGCAGAUCUACACACCCGCAACCUCGCCUUCACCAUCCCUUCGCUGCAAGCCUUGCGAGAGGAAGAUUUCCUCCGCAAACUCGGACGACCCGAAACGGGCACUGUCCAAAGAACAGACGGCCAGCCACUAGGGCCUGGCUUACCUCGAUAUCUCGUCCGACCCACUUCCUACCAUCAAGAUAUUGAGACAUCAUUCGGACCGAUCAAAAUCGUCGACUUUGGCCAAUCUUUCUUACGCAACGAGUCUCCUGACACCCUGCACACUCCCUUCCCCUAUCGUGCCCCGGAAAUCAUCUUCCAAGACAAAGUGGAUUAUCGCGUUGAUCUUUGGAGUAUGGGUUGUCUCUUCUUCGAACUCAUCGUCGGCCAAACUAUCUUCGACAACAUGGUGCCCAAACCCGCCAUGCUCAUCCGCCAAAUGCUCGAGACAGUCAGUGACUAUGAUACAUUACCCGACCGUUGGAAACUCGCGUGUCAAGAUCUCUUGGAUAAUGAACAAAGACCUCCGUCUGACGAGGAAGAUCCCACUUAUACCCUCCACGCAUGGCUCGAAGAAACGUACUAUAACAGUGGCGUCGAGAAGCGAACGGAUUUGAGUCGGGAAGAUAUUUCACGAGUCGGCAUGUUGAUUGGAAGGAUGCUGAGAUUGGAGCCUUUGGCUAGGGAAGAGGCUAAGGAGGUUGUGAGGGAUGAGUGGUUUUGUUAGAGAGGGAGGGUAGUGAGGGAGGGAGAGGAUACAGCGAGGGAAAAGAAAAAAAAAUAGGGGUCUCUACCUUACUUAGGUAAGUUAGGGGGUUAAUGAAUGAAGUGAAUAAAAUGAAAACUACCUACCUAUCUAC